UUGUGGGUGUGGCUUUUUUACAGGUAUGACUAGAAGAUUUGAGAAGGGGGUGCGAAAUUAGUGGGCGAAGAUGGCGUCGGGAAAGAAGGGAGGCAACAGCAGCCUCGAAAAAGGUUUGAAUGGACGACGUUCGUCAAAAUAUAAAGAGGGACCAAUAGUGAUGGACACCAAGGCGGUGUUUGCUGCCCUGUACAGUGUGUGUGAGGAGAAUGCUAUGUUCUUCUCGGAGGGUGCUCAGGGGGGAGCGGCACAGCGGCUGGUGGACACUAUGACCCUGAUCCAGGAGCACGCCCGCAGCCUGGAACCUGUCAUCUAUGGGUUCGCUGCAAUCUACCACCACUUUGACUUUGACCCACAUAUACCAGCCAACGGAUACCGCUCUCUAGUCAAGGUGGUGCGCUGCUGCAUUCUCCACAUCAUCCACAAGGGGCGCUACAUCUCCACCAACCGACGCAGCAUCUUCUUUCGGACGGCCCACAAUGCAGGGGAGAUGGAGGCCUACUGCUCGGCCCUAUGCCAGCUGAGAGCCCUGCUCUACCUGGCCCAGCGACUGCUGCACGACAACAGCCACGGAAACCUCUUCUUCCACGAGGAGAGCGGCCUCAGCCAGAGCUUUGUCCGGGAGUACUCCUCCAUGCACAAGGGCUGCUUCUAUGGACGCUGCCUCGGAUUCCAGUUCACUCCAGCCAUCCGGCCCUGUCUGCAGACCAUAGCCAUCGGCCUGGUGGCCUUCGGAGAGAACUACAGACGCCACCAGUCAGGCAUUGGUGUAGCAGCCAGCUCCUUCUUUACCUCAGGGAAGUACGCCAUCGACCCGGAGCUAAGGGGGGCGGAGUUUGAACGCAUCACUCAGAACCUGGACGUCCACUUCUGGAAGGCCUUCUGGAACAUCACAGAGACAGAAGUUCUAUCUAGUCUAGCCAGUAUGACGUCCACCCAGGUGAAGGUGAACCGUGCCCUCUCAGUGCCCCCUGUGCCCUUUGACCUCCCGCUGGUGGCUGAUCCCCACCUCACUGUCACCAUAGAGGCCCCGUCGGCCCACACCGGCCCUGGCCCCGUGCAGAUGAGGCUGAUCUCCUACGAGCUGAGGGAGGGACAGGUAACUAAAGCCUUGUUCAUAUUGGCAGUUUGA